AUGGCGUCCCUCGUGACGCGCAACGGACUCGACGUGUCGGCGCUCGACGAGCGCGAGUACGAGACUUUUGCACUUCCGAAUGCGCUUCAAGUGCUGGUGAUCUCCGACCCACGGACGGAGAAAUCGGCUGCAGCCAUGGACGUCCACGUCGGACAUCAGAGCGAUCCGGAUAAUCUGCCUGGCCUUGCGCAUUUUGUCGAGCAUAUGCUGUUUCUGGGGACUAUAAAGUUUCCCAAUGAAAACAGCUACAAACAAUUUCUAAGUGCCCACAGCGGACGUAGUAAUGCGUCCACGUCUCAGACGCACACGAAUUUCUAUUUCGAUGUCCUGAGCGAGCACUUGCACGAAGGACUGGAGCGAUUCGCUCAGUUUUUCAUCGCCCCGCUGUUCACAAACACAGCAACGGAGCGCGAAAUUCAUGCCGUGAAUUCGGAAAAUGCCAAGAAUUUGCAAAAUGAUCAUCGACGGCUCUAUCAGCUGCAGAAGUCAUUGUCAAACCCAUUGCAUCCGUUCCACAAAUUCGGUACCGGUAAUACCGAGACGCUUGGGACGAUCCCCAAAGCUCAAGGUGUGGACGUCCGUGCGGCGUUGCUCGAGUUUUAUGCCACGUACUACUCUGCAAGCAUCAUGAAGCUCGUGAUUUGUGGCAAAGAGAGUGUCGCGACGUUGAAAAUGUGGGCGGAGGAGCUGUUUUCUGAAAUUCGAAACUCUGGACGAACGUGCCCGACGUUCGGAGAUGCUGUGCCUUUUGACGAGAUGAGACUUGCACGUGUCGUGCAAGUCGUACCUGUCAAAGACGUUCGAGUCAUAGAUAUCUCGUGGCCUUUGCCGUCGCUUUAUUGGGAGUUUCGGACAAAACCAACCAAGUUGUUGUCCCAUUUGAUAGGUCACGAAGGACCAGGAUCAAUUUUAAGCUACUUGAAACUGCAAAAAUGGGCCCAUGGGCUUUCAGCAGGGCUUCUUCGUGAUAACGAGGAUUGGGCACUGUUUGGUGUGAAGAUCGACGCGACGGAUGCAGGUAUCGAGCAUGUAAACGAUGUUGUGGAAGCAGUGUACCAGUACUUGCAGACGCUUCAGCGCGAGGCUCCGUUUGCGUCAUGGAUUUUCCAAGAGACACAGAACCUGGCGCUGCAGAAUUUCCGCUUCAAGAGCAAGGAGAACCCUAUCAACUAUACAAGCUACUUGGCAAAUGUUAUGCACCGUUAUCCCGUCAAGUACAUCCUUUCGGGCAGUUACAUUCUAUACGAGUACGAUGGCGUCAAGGUUCAGCACGUCUUGGAUCUGCUAACUGCACAUCGCAUGCGCCUAACGGUGGUGAGCAAAACGUUCGAAGGCGAGACGCAGAGUGUGGAGAAAUGGUACCAAACCUAUUAUACAGAAGGCGCGCUUGAUACUGAUCUUCUCCAGCGUUGGGCAUCUCCUCCUCUUAAUGCAGCGCUAAAGCUCCCACAUCGUAACGAGUUCAUCUGUAGUGACUUCAGCAUCGUGACGCCUCCUCGCAAGUUAUCCUCGCUGAUGGACGAACACGACACGGACGUGUCUCUACCAUUGCUGCUGCAGCAAGAUGAACAGUGUCGCCUUUGGUACAAGCCGGACAUUCAGUUUCGCAAACCGAAGUUGAUGCUGCACUUCUUGCUAUAUUCGCCGUCAUUGUCCACCACCCCAUACCACGCAGUACUGACGAGUCUGUUUGUGCGUUACUUGAAAGACAAGCUUACGGAAGUAUCAUACAAUGCAGAGCUUGCAGGUAUGGAGUACGAGAUUGGCUUUAGCUCUCGCUCACUAGAACUGCACGUUGGUGGAUAUUCGCACAAGCUUCCGAGUUUACUCUAUAAAGUGCUGCAGCAGAUGCUGGAGAUGACGAAGGCUGACUUUAGAUUCGAAGAGGCAGUCUUUGAGCGCGUGAAAGACCGUACUAAACGGAUGUACGAGAACUUUUUCCUUGAAGAGCCUUAUCAGCACGCUGUGCACGUGUGCAGUCAGCUUCUGGACACCUCAAGGUGGAGUGUAGAAGACAAGAUUCGAGCUGCUGGACACCUGUCUCUGCCUGACCUAGCAGCUCACAGCCGAUUGAUCUUCCAGCAGGUGUUCGUUGAGGGCUUCUUCUAUGGCAACCUUCAGCAGAGUGCGGCUCCACCUCUGAUGCAAAAGGUACUGCAGUAUUUUGGUUUUGGCAGCAAGGAUUACGUGAGUGGAGGCAGUUUUCCGUUGUUACGCGGCCAAAUCACAAAGCCGCGUAUCGUUCGGCUCGUCGAUGUAAACGAGUACCUCUUUCAACGUCGUGAAUGGAACGAAGCCAACCUCAAUUCUGCUAUCUGCUCAUUGUACCAGUUAGAUUGCGAGACGGAAGGGAGCACCAUGGCUCUUCGUGCACGUCUCGAGCUGUUUGCGCACAUCUUCAAGGAGCCUUGCUUCAAUCAGCUUCGCACACAAGAGCAGCUCGGGUACUUGUUGUUUUCAGGGAUCAUGCAAAUGGAAGGUGUCGACUGCUUUCGUAUCCUAAUUCAGUCGGAUGUGGCGUCACCACAACUCUUGGAUCAACGUAUAGAACUGUUUGUGGCACGCUUUCGAUCCGUGAUUGCUGAGAUGCCGGCCGCCACUUGGUCGAAACAGGUGAAUGCCGUUACCAAGGCUUUACUGGAGGAACCAAAACACGAGCUGGAGGAAUCCAUGCGCGUUUGGCGUGAGAUCGCUAAUGGGAUGUUUGUCUUUGACCGGCGCCAACGCAUAGCAGCAAUCGUGUCGACUUUGCAGCCGAGAGACCUCUUGGCGUUCUACGACUCAUUCAUUGCUAUCAGUGGGGAACGACGAAGCAAGCUAAGCAUUCGCCUGUACGGCGCAAAACAUGCGCUGCCCGAGCUUGUCACGGACGAAAUUUCCAGUCCCAGUAUUUCAACCACCGCGUCCACGGGCUUAGCCGCUGCAAUGCUCUUCCAGCAGCAGCUAGACGUUUGCGCUCCUGGCCGUUCCGACGGGUGGAACCGACCUAAGUUGAUCGGUGACAUCGCCACCUUUAAACGACAGAUGCCACUAUUCCCAGAGCGUGCCGCCAGUGACUCUAUCGCAGCCAGACUCUAG